UUGAGAUAGUCAGCACAUUGUCUAUUUAAAAGAUGUCGUCUUCGAUUGUGUGGGCAUUUUUGUUGAUGCCAAAUAUCUGCAUAUUGUUUUCACCAGCAAAGAGAGCAUAUGAUUUUGAAAUACUUAGUGCAGGCUUGACAUCAUCAAAUGAGGAAAAAAGUGAAUACGUCCAUACAAGUCAAUCGGAUCUCAUUCAGUGAAUCAGUCUUUUCGGCACGUGUCAAUUGGAAUUGUGAUACCGAUGAAAAGAGCACAGCGAAAGUACUUAUAUGGCAUUGUCGAAAUGGCCGUGAGAGCGACUAUACUUUGACUCCCUACCAAAUACCAAAUCAAAGCUUAAAGACUUUUGUGGAUACCUAUUACCAUGACAUGCUCUACUUGAAUGUGGCAAACUGCUCAAAUUUGCCGCCAUAUGUGGAUCUAUCAGAUUUAAAGAAAGAGUAUAUAUUUGAUAAUUGUCCUUUGACUGGCGACGGUUUUCCUUAUUAUCUUCCAAUGGGAUAUUACAAAUUUUACCAGGAGAUUAAAGCCGAAGUAACUCUGACGAUUUCCUUCCUUAUUAAAGUUACGCCUACUAAGUCACUCGGAUAAUAAUUAGAAACAUUCUAAAAGUUGCCUUCAACAAACUUCAAUUUCAAGCAGAAUUACACUCGGAUACACAGUAGCACACGAACACUGAAACAUUAUAUUAUUAAACUGUGUUUCAAGUUAAAAAAAAAAAAAAUUAUGUCGCUAAGUUUGGUCAUUUUUAUAAUGUUUAUAUCGAG